AAUUCCAGACGCCUUACAACACUGUGUAACUAGCGCGAAUUUUCACGCAUUUUUCGCCGGCUUGUAAUUUUUUUCGUCAACUCAGGGAAAUAUAAGGGGGAAACAUGCCCAAGACAAAGAAGAAGGCACAGGCCUCCUCUUCAGAGAGCGACAGUGGCCCAGAGGAUCGCAACCAACCUGCUAGCAAGAAGGCCAAGGAAGCUCCAGCUGCAAAGGGUUCCGCGGCCAAAGAUGCUGGCGGAGAUGGCGCCACCACCUGGACCCUCGAAGGACUUCGCCAGGUGCGAAUCAACGAGUUCCGGGGCCGCAAGAUGGUGGACAUCCGGGAAUUCUACGAGAAGAACGGCGAAACGCUGCCCGGCAAAAAGGGCAUCUCCCUCUCCAUAAAGCAGUGGAAGAAGCUCCUCGAAGUGGCUGAAGAGGUCACCAGCGCCGUUGAGAACUAAUAUAAGUUGCUCCAAAUGCCAAACUUUAGGUCAUAAGAAUGUAGUUGUACUGUAAAUCCAUGCUAACAAGCAUUUAAAUGGGACGAACCCAGUGAAUAAACGUUAUCUUUAGACUUCCCAUCGGGAAUUCCGCUAAUAAAUGACCUACUUUACAGGGCUUCAAUCAAUGAA